AUGACCCUGAGCUCGGAAAUGUCCGAGGCGUCGGCGCUGGCUGAGGAGACCGACAUCGAUGUGGUGGGCGAGGAGGACGACGAGGAGGACGACGAGGAGCCGCAGGCUCGCCGCCGCCGCCGUUCUUACGCCGAGGACGAGGAGGAGGAGGAGGAGGAAGAGGACGAGGAGGAUGUGGGCGACCUCCACGACGACGCCUUGCUGCCGCGGUCGCCCGUGCGCGGCGGAGGUGGAGACGGCGGCGGGGCGGGCAGCGGGGACGGUGCCGGCGGCUCUCGGCCCUCCUCGCGGGGUGGCCCGGAGAAGGCGGCGGCGGGCAGCGGCGGGGCGGGCGGCGGCGGCGGCAGCGGGGCGGGCGGCGGCGGCAAGAACAGCCUGGUGAAGCCGCCCUACUCCUACAUCGCCCUCAUCACCAUGGCCAUCCUGCAGAGCCCCAAGAAGCGGCUGACGCUGAGCGAGAUCUGCGAGUUCAUCAGCGGGCGCUUCCCCUACUACCGGGAGAAGUUCCCCGCCUGGCAGAACAGCAUCCGCCACAACCUCUCCCUGAACGACUGCUUCGUCAAGAUUCCCCGGGAGCCCGGCAACCCGGGCAAGGGCAACUACUGGACACUGGACCCCGAGUCCGCCGACAUGUUCGACAACGGGAGCUUCCUGCGCCGCCGAAAGCGCUUCAAGCGGCAGCAGCUGCCGGCGCCCGAGCUGCUGCUGCGCGCCGUGGACCCCGCCGCCUUCCUCCCGCAGCCCCCGCCCCAGCCCCCGCAACAGCCGCCCUGCGCCUACGGACCCUACGGCUGCGGCUACGGCCUCCAGCUGCAGCCCUACCAUCCCCACUCCGCCCUCUUCGCUUUCCAUCACCCCUCCCCGCCGCCCCGCCAGCCCCCCGCCGCCCCCGGCAGCGCCCCGGGCGCGGCGCUGCCCCCCGCCGCCGCCGCGCCGCCGGGCCCCUUGCUGCCGGCUGCGGAGCUGGCACGGACGCCCUUCGGCUACGCGCACCCGCUGGGCCCGGCGCUGGCGGCCUCGCUGCACGCCGCCAAGCCCGGCAGCGGCGCGGCGCUGGCCCGCUCGCCCUUCUCCAUCGAGAGCAUCAUCGGGGGGGGGGGCGGCCCCGGCGCGGGCAGCAGCUGCGCCUCCCAGUCGGCCGCGGCGCCGGGGCUGGCCCGCUCGCUGGGGAGCGCCGGGGCCACCCUGCCCCCCGCAGCCGCCCUGCCCGCCGCCCCCGGCUUCGCGGCUCGGAUCUCUAACUGUUAAGGGUUUGUGAGUCUUUCCGAAGGUAGGAUCUGGGGUAUCUCCUUUCUCCGCCGCUCGGAUGCUUGGCGGACGCCGCCCAGAGGGGCUGCGGGCUUUGCGCGGGGAUUGAACCGCGGGGCGCGGUAUUUUGCAAAGCCAGGUCUAGCUCCUGUACGGGCAGGUGGUCACGUUAUUGGAAAGUUACUCCUUACUCCUUAAACAUAUAUAUAUAAAAAAAGGUGAUAAUUAAUGUCUCUAAACUGUUAAAGUUCGGAGAUUCUCAGGUCUAGGAGCUUGAAAACAGUAAUGUACAGGAAAAAUAAAGGCUUGAAGGAGGACAGCAAAGCAAUACUUUUUCAUUUUAGUACACUUGUCUCAUGUACUUUUAUAAAAGAAAAGAUUAACAUGUUUACACAGAAGAAAGUCAAGAUUAUAAUUUCUUAUUUUAACCUGUGUUUUGUACUAUAAUAGACUUAUGGAGUUUUUUAUUUUGUACUUUAUGCGUAUUCUUUACAAGGAAUAUUGUUAAAAAUUACUGGCAAGUAUUAUUGUACCGUUUUAAUGUAAAAUUUUUACACAUUUUCAAAA